AAAAUUCUCAAUGACCGGUUGAGCUGGAAGAACCACUCUGGGCGCAAUCCUAAUCCUGUUAAUCCCAUUGGUCCAUCUGUUACAAUAGGUGAUGACGUGACAACCAAAGAGUCAUUGUAACUGAUUGACUAAAUGUAGUCUACUUUUUUUUAUCUGGUUUUACAGCAGAUAUUGCUGAGUACACUGUAAAUAAAACGUUGCACAAUGACCAAAAAAAAGAAAAGAAAAGAAAAAAAAAAAAGAACCGGAAGUGCAAUGUAAGUGCAAGUGCGGUUUGAUGAUCGGAGCGUCUCUCUCUCUCUGUCUCUCUCUCUCACUCUUCGCAUUCCGUCUUUGUUUUUCUCCCCACUUUACACACGACAUCUUCGCCAGACGCUAUCGUGAGUCAAAUAAAAAGCAGGGUUCGUAGAGAGAAGACGGGAAAAUUAGAGGAUGCGGAGGAGAAGAUGCUUGAUGGCUCGCUCCAUCACUUCGUAAGGAGGAGGCCAUGUCCAGGUUCGGCGGCAGAUGGCCGCUGGCCGCCCUGCUGCUUUUACUCGCGCUGCUCCUCGGGGGCGCCUUCUUCUUCUGCGAAUAUCUCAUUUACUUCCCCGCCAUCCUCAAGUGCGGCUGGCCGCGCGUGGAACGCCCGCGCGGCGGCGUCGACGGCCGGCCUCCGGACUCGCCGCCGGUCCGCGCCAUGGUGCUGUCCGACACGCACCUUUUGGGGGCCGUCGGCGGCCACUGGUUCGACAAACUGAGGAGGGAAUGGCAGAUGGAGCGCGCGUUCCAGACCGCACUGUGGCUCCUCAAGCCUGAGGUGGUCUUCAUCCUAGGGGACAUCUUCGACGAGGGAAAGUGGAGCUCGCAAAAGAAUUGGGAAGACGACGUGCGGCGCUUCCACAGAAUGUUUCGGCACUCAGGGGACACGGAGCUGGUGGUCCUGGUCGGGAAUCACGACAUCGGCUUCCACUACGAGAUGGACUGGUUCAAGUUGCAGCGAUUUGAGAAGGUCUUCAAUGCCUCCUCCACCAGAAUGGUCACCAAAAACGGAGUCAACUUCCUGCUGGUAAACAGUGUGGCACUGCACGGCGACGGUUGCCCCAUCUGCCAAUCUGUGGAGAAGGAGCUCAUCAGGCUUUCCAGGGACCUCAACUGUUCUCUUCAGAAUUCGGGAGACGGCUGUGAGGGUGCGCAGGUGUACCCACCCACAGCACCCAUUAUGCUUCAGCAUUACCCGCUUUACAGAGUUAGCGACGCGGGCUGCACUGGUGCCGACGCUGCGCCGCCAGAAGAGCGAAAACUUCUGUUCAGGGAGAAGUACGACGUGCUGUCAAAGGAAGCCUCCCAGAGGCUGCUGCAGUGGUUUAAGCCCCGCCUGAUCCUGAGCGGCCACACCCACAGCGGCUGCGAGGUCCUCCAUGACAACAAGUACCCGGAAGUCAGCGUGCCAUCUUUCAGCUGGAGGAACAGGAAUAAUCCCAGCUUCAUUUUGGCGUCCGUGUCACCGGGCAGCUACGCGCUCUCCAAGUGUUUCUUACCGGAGGAGAGCACCGUCAUCGCCGUGUACAGCUUGGCCGGCGCCUGCUUAAUGCUGUUCGUCGUGGCGCACUGCUUGUGGAUGAAGGGCCUGAUGCACUGCCUCAGCCUACUGGGGAAGCAUAAGUCUAUUUGAAAACUACAUUACCCAGCAACCCUCGCGUUUGGAUGCGGGAAGCGCUGCCGCGCCGCCACUUUGAAUACGUCUUGAACGUUCCCAAAGAAUGAAUGGCCUUGGUUUGUUUUAUCUGAACGUUCAAUUGAUUUUUAAGGCUUUUAAAUGACUCAAACGUGUUAUAUUUAUGAAGUGGUUUGAUUUUUCAAACGAACUUGCCGGUCAUUAUCAGGUAAUUCAAUCAGAAAUAGCUGGGAGUAUCCAAUCACACUAAACAAGCCACCACUGACUUUUCAGCACUUUGCCUCGUUUUUGGGCUUCAAGAAACAUUUUUUUUUUUUUUUUUUUUAAACAAUAUUAGUACAACUAUUUAAUGUCAUGUGUUGGUGUAAUUCACUGUAAACUGAAAAAUCUUUGCUCAUCUCACAUUGUUUUUAAGAGGUUUUUUUCCAUUCACCUUCUGUGCCAGAUAUUUGUGAAGGUUUUUUUAUUGACACAUUUCCAGUUGAUUGUGUGGUAAUAAAUCAUCUUUCAACACCUGA